AUGUCAGACGGAGAAGAUGGUGCAGGGGCUCCUCCGGUGAGAGUGAAGGAGAUUCACAAGGCUUGGACAGUGAUCGAUCCAGGAACAAAUAAAAAUGAGGAGAAAGAUUACCUUGCUAUGGGGUUGCUUUAUCAGGCAAUUCCAGAAAGCUUGAUAAUGCAAAUUGGUGAUGUCGAUUCUUCAAUGGUUCUGUGGGAAUCGAUCAAGGCUCGUUAUGUAGGAGCUGAUAGGGUGAAAGAGGCCCGAUUGCAAACCCUAAACGCCGAAUUCGAUCGGCUAAAGAUGAUGGAGUCGGAAACCAUCGACGCGUAUGCUGGAAAGCUGUCCGGCAUAGCCUCGAAAUCAGCAGCUUUAGGAGAGAUUAUUGAUGAAUUGAAAUUAGUGAAGAAGUUCCUCAAAACCUUGCCUCGUUCGAAGUUUAUACACAUCGUUGCCUCUUUGGAACAGGUGCUCGAUCUGAAAUCAGUCGGAUUCGAGGAUGUUGUUGGUCGAUUGAAGGCAUAUGAAGAAAGGAUAAAGGAAGAGGAUGCCGAUGAGAAUGAUCAAUCGAGGGUGCUAUUUGUGAAAUUGACCGGAGACGGAGGAGUGUCGUCAUCUGGUGGUACAGGUGCGUCGAGGUUACAGAGUGGAGCGAAAGGAAAAGGGGCAGGUGGAUCCGAUGGAUAUAGUCAUAACAACGGAUCCGGAUCGGGUGGUUCAAAUGGGCCCAAAUCAAAUAAAAGCCUACAUGGAAAUAAACACAAUAGCUCAUCACAAGCCCAAUGA